AUGAUCUGUGUUUUUAAUUUCCUUUUAGAUAAUCAAUAUGUUGUAUUUUACAUGUGUUGUAUGCUGUUUGCUUAUUUGGUUCUUUAUCUGCUUAGUUAUGUUUGUAAUAUCUACGUUUACGCUGUUAUGAGAUUUUACGUUUAUUGUAAAACAAUAUUUGAAAUCUUCUCUAAAUAUAUAUAGUUUAUAGUGUAGUAAUUUAGAUCUUCAUUAGUAGUGCAGGAUAACUAUCUAAUAUGUAAUUAUAUUGAUAUUAUCAUCUGCAAUCUUAUUAAAAAAUCUUCGACCGACAAGUAUGAUCAAUAACGGUUAACACAGGAAACUAAACGAAAACCAGUGGUUUCAUUAUAUGAAUAUUUCGAGUUAACAAAUGUAUUCAUCUAAGUAAUAUCUUUGGGAUUAAAAAAAACUUCUUGUAGAAUGUAAACCGGGCAAAUUAAAAAUUGUAAAACUAGGAAAUAACAACGGAAAGCAUGUGUUGGUUGAUCCAAGAUCUGUCACCAACAUUAUUAAUGGCACCGUGCAGGUAACGUUGCAUUGACCAUAUAUUGCUCUGCUUCACUCUAUGUGAUUCAGUCCUCACUCACAAUGACGAGUAAACCUACUGUUUGGCAAAGGCUAGUUACUUGCUUAUCCUCCCUGAAGUCCUACUUGAAAGUAUUGUGCCUCGUGGUCACUGUUUUUGUUCUUCUCCAAAUCUGUUCAUUUCAAAUCACUAAACACUCACUUUCACUCCCACCUUCACUCUUUACGUAUCUGAAACACCAACCAGAACAAGCAUCUGACAACAAGACUGCUUACUUGGUGGAAAAGCUACGUGAGUCAGUGACAUUCCUUCCACUCAAGGACUACCGCUUCUCAAACAAACCACUCGAAGGUCACACUUGGUUCAUGAGCUCUCUCCUUGAUAACCAAACAAAAGGCGAGGCUCAGUACCAAGAGUUUCCUUCAGAUUCUUCCAAAGGAAAGCUUCUAUGCUUGAAAGGUAUCGACAAACAUGAUGGAUCAUGGAACUACUACGCGUUGGCUUUGCCUGAAGCUAUUCCAACCAACGCCGUUCUUCAGAAGGGUUUGACUUUUGUUUCUUAUAACCAAUACGAUUACUACAACUUGUGGCAUGGACUAUCCACCAUGGUUCCAUUCGUUUCUUGGAGCUUAAGAAACCGAUGCGAAAGGCCUCAAAAAUGGGUUUUAUACCACUGGGGAGAGCUAAGGUUUGAGAUGGGGCAUUGGUUAAGCGAAAUACUCAGAGCUACUUACAAUCAAGAACCGGAAUUCACACGGUUUAUCGAUCAAGAUAACCCGGUUUGCUUCGAGAAGGCGGUUGUUAUGAGACAUGAUCAAGCUGGAAUGUCAAGGGAGAGAAGAAUGGAGGCUUUUGAUCACAUUAGACGCAAAGCGAGAAGCUACUGUAACAUCACCUCAUCAAAACCUCGAAUCGGUAUGACACUGCUAUUGAGAACCGGAGCAAGAGCUUUCAGAAACGAAACAGUGGUGAUCAAUGUCUUUAGGAGAGAGUGCAAGAGAGUAAACGGAUGUGAACUAAACGUUUCUUACUCGGACAAUCUAACGUUUUGUCAGCAAGUGGAGCUGAUGAAGAAGACCGAUGUGUUGGUAUCACCGCACGGUGCACAGCUCACUAACUUGUUUCUAAUGGAUAGAAACAGUAGCGUGAUGGAGUUUUUCCCCAAAGGGUGGCUUAAGCUUGCUGGAGUGGGACAGCGCGUGUUCCAAUGGGGAGCUAACUGGUCAGGGAUGAGACACGAAGGUACAUGGCAUGAUCCUGUUGGAGAAACAUGUGAGUUUCUUGAUACGGACAGGCGAUGUAUGUCGGUGUAUAAGAACGCUAUGAUCGGACACAAUGAGACUUAUUUUGGCGAGUGGGCGAGAAGGGUUUUGGACAAGGUUAACAACAGAAUGAAGCAGAAUAUCACAGAACACAACCAUAGUUAUGAUUCGUUAGAUGAAUGUCGGUGUUAA